CAUUUUUGGGGCCCUGUUGCUAACUGGGGGCUGCCCAUCGCUGCUUUCAAUGAUAUGAAGAAAACUCCAGAGAUUAUUAGUGGCAGGAUGACAUUUGCAUUGUGUUGCUACUCUCUGCUGUUCAUGCGGUUUGCAUACAAGGUCCAGCCCAGGAAUUGGCUCUUGUUUGCCUGUCACUUCACGAAUGAAAGUGCACAGAUCAUUCAGGGAUGUCGGCUGAUCAAGCACAAUGCUCAGAAGCGGAUGCACCGUUCUGAGUAAUAUCAGUCUACACCUCCUGAAGCACUCCUUCAUUACUUCCAUGUGUCACCAACGAUGGGUUUUUUACGCACAAGUUUCCACAUAAAAGGCUUUGGACCCUGGAUGACUAAUCUUUCAAACAUAUUUAAUCCCAACUGUGUUUUGUGAUGUAAUUAAUUGUAACAAAUUUGUUUUAUUAUCUCCUAAAAUUGCCUUAAAUUAAAAUGAGAAAUUAUUAUUAUACAUGCCUUUUUAAUAUGCAUUAUAUAUUCCACCCCUCCCACUCCUCAUUCGAAAUGAACACCGACUGGUACUAUUUAUCAGUGUGUAGUAAAGUUAGAAAGAAAUAAUAUAUGAUCAUGGAUAUUUCCUUGUGUUGCAAUCAAUAUUUUGUUGGUAGAUCAAUGGUUUUUUUAAGUAAUGUCUCAUGGCAAGCUGUCAAUUAAAAGGCAUCCAAUUCAUAAGCAA